AUGGGACUGUUCUCUAGGAGCAAGAAGAAGGACAAGAAGGCCGCCGGGGGCGAUCCUCCCGAGGGCCCGUCGUCGUCGGCACCCGGGGACCCGACGUCGUCCUCGGGCAACAACGACUUGACCGCCGCGGUGUUGGCGCUGAGCUCGGCGGACCCGGACGGAUGCUGCGAGGCGGCGAACAUUCUUCGAGCCGAGGCCGAUCGGGGCCGGGUCCCCGCCUCGCCGGCGAUCAAAUCCGGCGCCGUCGCCGCGCUCCUCUCCCUCGUCCGAGGCCCCGGAGGCGGGCAAUCGUCGUCGUCGGCCGGGGCCCCGCCGUCGGGGCAGAGGGGCGUCGCGGCGCUGAGCGCGGAGGUGGCCGCGCUACGCCGCGAGUGGCGCGAGCAAGAUGCCGACAGGUGCGCGCGCCACGCCGCGAACGCCCUCGCGGCCAUCGCGUCGGCGGACCCGGAGGGGCGACCCGCGCUCACGCUCGUCCCGUUCCUCCUCGACGCCCUCCUGACCCGCGCGGAGUCGCGCGCAUCCUCCGCAGCCGCGAGAGGCGCCGCGGCCGGGGCGCUGUUCCGCCUCGCGGGCGAACCCCUCGCCAAGUCGGCCAUCGCGUCGCGCCCCGACGCGGUCGCCGGGCUCGUCUCCCUGGCGUGCAAGGACCCUGGCGUGAGAGACCCAAAAAAACCGGGCGACCUGUCCGGAUCUACUCCGUCCGGCGGGGACGGAUCCGACGGGACUCGAGCGGCGGCGGCGGAAGCCGCGGGCGCGUUGUGGACCGCCACCGUGCGCGUCGCCGGUCCGAGCGCGCCCGGGGGCGUCAGCGGUUUUCACAGCGGGGUAUCCACACCCGGCGGCGGACCCAGCGCGGGGGGCAGCGGGUUUAGCACCCCAGGGACGGUGAGCUCGCAGGCGCUCGGCGCGGCGGCUGGGAACGACGCCGCGCAGGUGGUCUGCGCGCACCUAUCGCACCGCCAUCUGGAUGAGCUGGCGGCCGCGUUGGUGAACGGACACCGGCGGCGGCGGCGGGGCCAAAAGGGGGAGCGGCGCGACGAGGUUAACGGGAACGGGAAUCUGGACGCGGAUGACGUCGUCACGGCGAGGGUCGCGGCGACGCUGGCCAACACGUGCGCCGCCCCCGCGUGCGCGGCGAACGUGGCGAGAUCUCCCGCGACGCUCGACGCGCUGUCUCGCUCGUUGCGAUCGACCCGGGGACUCUCCGUUGAUACCGCGGGGGAUUUGACCGGCGGCGGGGGCGGGGACGGGGACGGGGAGCGGGGCGAGGAGGUUAACCCGUGGCGGAUCCGACGCGAGGCUGGGCUGGCGCUGUGGAACCUGACGGCGCCGAACGAGACCGGGCGUGCGGGCGCGUCGUCGAACGAUCACAAAACGCGGUCGAAUCAUCGAAGGAGAGUCGCCGCGCGAGACGGGAUCGUCGACGGGCUGGUGGAGAUGAUCCUGGCCGGGUGCGUUGGGGUGAGGUACUCGACCCCGAACCAACCUCGCCCAAACGGCGACGAGGAUCCCCACGAGGCCAUCAGGCUCGGCGCGGGGACGCUCGGGGCGAUCUUGUCGGAGCCCGCGGCGAGGUCGAAGUUCGUGAAACACCCGCUCGCGGGCGUCGCCGUGCGAUCGGCGCUCCUGAGGGCGACGGACCCGGUGGACCCCGGCGCCGAUGCGAUUACGCCCACCGCGGUGUGGCUCCUGCUGAACGCCGCCGCCUCCGAGGAGAUGUGCGAGUUCAUCGGGGGGGACGACGCGUGCCUGGGCGCCGCGCUGAGGGUGAUCGCGAGUGGGGGACCGUGCAGCGUCGACGCGGCGGCGGCGCUCGCCAGGGUGGCGAGAACCAGCGCGUCGUGCGUCCGACGGUUGGUCGGGGCGGAUUCAGCCCCGGGGUUGGACGGAAAGGAAACCGGUCCUCGCGAAGGAGACUCGAACCGAGUCGACGCGGAAGACGCGAAGGACGCGAAGGAACGGAAGCCGGAGGGUACGAGCGCCGCCGCCAGGUACCUCUCCGCGGUGAUUCGAUCGUUCCUGCGCAGGUACGCCGACUCGGACGGGAGGGACCGGGCUCAUCACCCGGCGAGGUCGACGAGGAAGCCGGGCGCCGAGGCGUGGUGCGUUGCCGCCGAGCUCAUCUCCGGCGUCGUCCACGGGGACUUCACCGCGCGCGAAGAGGGACGGACCGGGGGUAAAGGCGGGAACGAGAACGACGGUUCGACGCGAUCGGAGCUCACAAACGAGGCUAAACCGGGUCCGUCGGGUCCGUGGAGGAUGUUAUCCGGGCCCGUGGUCGAUCUCGUGGUGGCGCUGAGCUGCUCGGGCGACGGACCUACGCAGGCGGCCAUCGCGCCAGCCGCGGAGGCCCUGCUCGCGGAAGCCGCCGACCCGGCCAACGUCAUCGAGGGCUCCGAGCGCGCGAGAGAGAGCGGGAUGUCCGCGUGCGCCGCGCUGUUGGGGUGCUGCCGGGGUGCGGCGAGCGAGAGGGUGGCCAAGCGGCUCGCCGCGAUGGCUGAAAAAGCGGACUCGGCUCUCGCGGAUGCGCUGCUCUCGCACCCUUCCCUCGCGCGGGGUUUGGCGAGAUGCGUGUCGGACGCGUGCGGCCAGAACCCCGUCGUCGUCGAUGCCCCUUCGGACGAGCACGCCGACGACCCCGACGGCGUUACAACGACGAUGGUACCCCUGCCGAGCCCGACGUCCUCGUCCGCCGGGGGCGCGCUCUCGAGGCUGAUACCGGUGCCGCGCCGGAGCUCCUUCGGGGAGAACGGCGCCGGCGGCUUCGACUCGAUGGACGCGAACGCGUCCCCGCGGCACUCGUCGCAGUCCGCUCGGGGAUGGACCGGCCCGGCGUCGGGGGCGUUAUCGGCGCGGGGCGGCGGCGGGAGAGACAGCGAGGCCAACGCCAGGGAGCUGGAAGGAUGGCGGGAGGAGGAGCGGGCUCGGCACUUGGCGGCGGCUUGGUCCAUCACGGCGCUCAGAUCGCUAGCAGAUACCCACGCAUCGUGCAGGGAUCGCAUCGCGGCGGACCUCGACGUGCUCGAGGCCGUGUCCGCCGCGCUCCUUCGCGGUGGUUCGCCCCUCAACGCGCGCGCCGCGGGGCUCUUGGGCUCGCUGGGGGCGGUCAACGGCGGCGGCGUCGCCGCGGCGCUGUCGCUCGGCGACCAUUCCUCGGUUCACGCCGAGAGUGCGUCGUCGACGUCGCAGGGGCCGGGAUCGUUCCAAGGCGGGGUUCCGCGCGGGGCGUCGACCGUGUCCGUCGACGCGCUGAUGGGCAUGAUGACGGCCGCGGCUGCGCACAGAACGACGGAGGAGUCUGUUGACGCCGCCGUGGCGUCGGCGGUUGAGGCGGGCGCGGCGCUCGAGGCUGUCGCCGGGCACCCGCGAGGCGCCACCGCGAUAGCGUCGCACCCUACUGCGCUGACGGCGCUCCUCGCGUUGACGUGCCCGCCGCACCCCGCGCGCGUGUCGGCGUCGGCCGCGAGGGUUCUCCGCAGGUUGGUAGCCGUGGCGCCGCCUCCGGUUGGCUCCAAAGCGGCCGACACGAUAUGGUCCGUUGACUCCAUCGCCGCGGUCGUCUCCGCGCUUCGUCGCCGCCCAGAUGGAUCCGAUGCCAUCCAGGCGAUCGCGCAGACCGCCUGGUUCCUCGCGCAGCUCGCCGCCGCCGCGCAAGACGACGAAUCGCGCGGGGACAUCGCCGGGGAGGAGGGCGUGCUCGAAUCAGUCGCCGACGCGUUGGCGCUGGCGAAAGCUCCACCCGGGGGUUGCCGGGGCGGCGCGACGGCGCGCAAAAACGCGGCGGCCGCCGCCUCGGCCGUCGUGUCCGAGCUCUCGUGGACACCGCGGGUGCGGGUCGUGGUCAUCAGCGAGCUGAGGGGCGGGAAGAUGUCGGUCGGGCUGCUCGACGGGUUGUCGGCGGCGCUGUCGAUGGAGUCUGAAGCGGUACAUUCGGAACCGGAACAGCGGGACCCUCUCGACCCGUGCGAGCUGGGCGAGCACGAUCCCCGGGCGUCCGCGAUGCGCGCGGUGAGCCGGCUCGCCGCGGCGGACCCGUUCCUGGCGCGAUCCCUCGCGUCAUCGCUCGACGGAUUCUUCCCGCGGGUCGCCGCCGCCGCCGUCGUCGCCGCGGCGGAGAGCCCGGGUAAUCUCCCGGUUCCCGAAGGCGGACGAGGACGUGACGCGGGAGCCGCCGCACGACCCGGCGCGAUGUGGUUCGGCGCACACGCGGCCUGUGCGCUCGCGGUGUGGUGCGCUCCCGCGCCGGAGACCGGGGGGGGCUCGGGUCUGGAGGUUUCGGAGUCGCCUCUCACGCGGUUACUCGCGGAUUUGGCGCCCCGCGCGAUACAUCUCCUGGAAGGACGCGCGGGAUCGAAACCGUCGGCGUCGCCAUCGUCGACGAAUCGCACCCCACCCACGCUGUCCACGCCCCCGGUGUCCGGCUUGCGCGCGCGCCGCGGGGGCGCGGGACUCACCAUAGCCACCCCCGGAGGAUCAAGCGCCAUCGCCGACGAGCCCGCGGCGGACCUUCUCGGUGACUCCGAGGAGAUCUCCCGCGCGCGCCUGGAGUGCCGCAUCGCGCUCGCGCGCGUGCUCGGACGGCACGUCGCGCUCUCUGCCUCCGCCGUCGAGUCCGGGGACGCGGAGGCGACGUCGACGGCGCGGCGAUCCAUCGAAGCCCUCGUCGCCGUCGCGGGCGCCGGACCGGCGUCUUCACCGCCGAGGCUCGUCGCCGCGGGCGCCGAGGCUCUCCGAUGGAUCGCCGGCGCGGGCGGGGAAACGGGCGCGACGACGAACGAUGGUGAUCGUCUCGAUACCCUCCCCGCGAUGGUCGCCGGGGUAAACGGCGCGCUCCCCGCGUUGGUCGCCGUCGUCGAGCAAGGGGACGUCGCCCCCACGCCGGGCCUCGGCAUCCUCGGCUCGACUCGCAGGCGCGGUUCGGCCGGGGGCGCCGGGGGCGUCGCCGGAGGGUCGCCGCCGGUGUCCAUCAGGGCUCAGACCGACCCAUCCGCGGCCCACGCGGCGAUCGCCGCCGCCGCCGCGCUCGGAACCCUCGCGGAGGUGGCCCGGAGGCUGCCCCGGACCGUCCCGGCUAAACUGGCCCGGGUGAAAGCCGCGCCGUCGGCGCUCGCCGGGUUCAUCGACGAGCGCGCCCACGCGCGGAUGUGCGCCGCCGCCGAUCGAGCGCUCGUGUGCACCGCCCCGACGGUAUCCGCGCGCGCGCUGCUCGCGUCCGCGUUUCGGGACCGCGACGGAGCGCUCGGGCACCACCGGAAGCAGAGCGGCCCGGUUGGCGUCGGAGCGCCCGAUCCGUCCCGGGGGUCGGCGAGGACGCCCAAGAAGGUGACGUACGGCGACGAGGAGUUCAACAACGCGGAGUCAAACAAUCGCGCGAAUCGCGCCGUCGAGUUCAACGACGAGGCCCCCACGCACCGAGGAACGCGGUCCCGAGGAACGGUCAAGGAACACUCCAGUCAUCAGGGAGGAGGAGGAGGAGUCGCGUGGCACAAGACGAGCGCCGGCGCCGACGGCGCGAGGGUGGUCGCGGCUGACGUGUUCGCCGCGCUCGCGUCCGUCGCUCCCGCGCCCGUGGCGCUGGGGGACCCGAGGAUCGUGCUGGGACUCGCGCGCAUGUGCCGCGGGGGACCGGGGCUGGGUUUGGUGGAACGAAUCGCGGGGGCGAGGGCGCUGUGGAGCGCGUGCCUCGCCGAAGGGGACGGGGCUUGGCACGUCGAGGAAACCGAGGGCGCCAUCGCUUCGCUGGCGUCGCUGCUGGCCACCGGAGGAGGGAACAACGACGGAUCCGACGCUACGUCCAUCCGAGUGGCGCGAAUAGCCGCGGCGGGCGCGCUCGGUGCGGUGCUGAGCGGCGCGGCGGCGUCUCGCGACGAAUCGCGAGCGGUUCGGUGCGCCAACGCGGUGUGCACCGCCGACGGCGUCCUCGCCGGUUUGACCGAGCUUCUCCGCGGGGGCGCGAAGGGGGACAAGGAAGAGGCGCUACCCGCGGCAGCAGCCGUCGCGCUGCUCACGCGCGUCCCCGCGGUGGCCGCCAGGGUGGUAUCCACGGAGGGGACGGUGGCGGCGCUGGUGGACGCGUUGCACGCGGGGGGGGACGGCGACGGGGGCGACGACGCCGAGUCGCACGCGUUGCUCGCGCACGCGGCGUCCGCCGUCGGCAACAUCGCGGCGCACCCGGCGAGCGCGGGUCUCAUCGCUCCCGCGCCCAGGCUCGUCCCGGGCCUCGCUCGACUUUUAACGGGCGCGAGGCCCGAGGUGAGGGAGAUGGCGGCGGGGGCGGCGAGGAACCUGGCGUUGACCGCCGCGGGGAGGAAGGCGCUGCGGCAAACCGACGGGUUCGUUGGGAAGAUCCUCGUCUCGCUCGGGUCGACGUCCGCGGGUGAGAGGCACGCCGCGGUGGGGUGCCUGGUGAACCUCAGCGACGACCCAUCGUCGCUCGGGUCACUCGCCGACGCGCCCGGACUGUUAUCCGCGCUCGCCGCCGCGGCGGACGGGGCCGAGACGGCACGGGACGCCAGGCUGAGACGGUACGUCCUCAGCAUUUUCGCCAACCUCGCCGCGGACCCGGUGACCCGACGAACCCUCGGAAUGGCGGGUUCAUCAGCCCCGACGGUGCUUCCGUCCAUCGCGCGCGGGUUUGUCAGCGCCAGACGGUGGGGCGUCGACCCCGUCGCGCAGGUUUGCGGCCUCGAAUCGUUGACCAGCCUUUUCGAAUCGUUGACCAGCCUCGCCGCCGACGCCGAAUCUUUCGACGCGGGCGCGAUCGAGUCGACGGUCGUGAACACCGCAGAUGCCGUCGUCGAGGCUGUCGAGAACGGCCCGGCGUGGUCCACCCCGCGGGGUCCGUCUCGCGCGGCGGUGGCGGUGGCUGCGAGCGCCGCCGCGCUGGUGACCCGCGUGGCGAGCCUCGGGGGCGGGAUGGCCGCGCCGCUGUUAGCGGGUGGCCGCGGGGACCGGCUCGUCCGAUCCCUCGCGCGGCUCGCGCACCCGGACGACGCCGACGUCUUCUCCUCCCAGGCGACGACGGGCACAUCCAACGCGGGGCCGGGCUCGUCCAACGCGGGGCGGGGUUCGUCCAAUAAGGGGGCGGGCUCGUCCAAUCGCGGUCCGAGCGCAUCGACCGACUCGUCGAACAGGGACGCCGGGGUGGAGUCCGUCGCCGCACUGGCGUCGCUCGCGGCGAUACCCGAACGCGCGGCGUCCGUCGCAUCCGCCGAGUCGUUCGAGGCGCUCAUAUGCCGCGUCCACGCCGCCGCCGCCGUCGCGGAGAGACAAAGCUUCCCGUCGGGCGGAGACGCGGUCAUCGGCUUCGCCGCGGAUGACGCCGCGUACGACCUCGCGGGAUCUCACGCCGCGGCGGCGCUCGGGUCACUCGCGUUUGCCGGGGUCCUGGAUCGCGACGCGGCGCUCGGCGUGCUCGGCGAGCGCGCGGGUCUCCUGCGCGGGAUAAUCGCGUGCGCCGCGUCCGGGAGCGACGACGACGACGGCGGCGGGGUGUCCGACCGGGUCGCCUCGUUCCUGGCGUGUGCCCCGCGAGUAUCCACCGCCGACGACGCCGACGACGCCGACGUUCCCCCCCCGGGGUGGGACGCUCGCGCGUGUCGGGCGCUUCACGCCCUCGGAUCGUCCUCGCGCGUCGCCGCCAGGGUCAUCGUCUCGCACCCCGGCGACGCGUGCGCGGCGUUGGCGCGGGUUUUGCUCGUCGGCGACGACGAAUCGCGCGCGGCGGCGGCGGCGGCGGCGGCGGCGCUCGCGGAGAACGUCGGGUCCGGCGGCGGGUACCGCGCGACGAUGGUCGCCGUUCCCGGGCUGGUCUCUGGGCUGCGGUCCGCGCUGGGCGGGUCAUACAACGCGGGCGGGACGUACGCGGCGGCGGCGAUCGCGCGUUUGGCUGGGGACGGAUCGGGGGAGGGAGGUGGGGAGGCGGCGGCGUCGGUUUUGGGCGCCGCGCCGGGGGUGGUGCACGCGCUGACGAGGGCGUUGGACGAAGCCGAAGCCGGCGGGGACGCCAGCUGCGCGGCGACGUGCGCCGAGGCGUUGCGGCGACUGCUUCGGUGCGAGGAGGCCGGGGCGAGCGAGGAGCUGGUGCGGCGCAUCAAUGCGUUGACGAUGCGGGAGUAA